AGCCGCGUGGCCGCGCACCCCGAGGCGCGCUGCUGGUUCUUGGCGUGGAGCCCCGGCGGAGCGCUGCUCGCGUCCUGCGGCGGGGAUCGCGCCGUGCGCAUCUGGGGCAGAGAGGGUACGGCGGGAUUAGGCCUGGGGUCCUGCGGGGCAGUGCUGGCCGAUGGCCAGCAGCGCACGGUGCGUAGGGUGGCGUGGUCGCCCUGCGGCUCCUAUUUGGCCUCUGCCAGCUUUGAUGCCACCACGUGCAUCUGGAAGCGGUGCGAGGACGGCUUCGAGUGCGUCACCACGCUGGAAGGCCAUGAGAAUGAAGUAAAGUCGGUGGCCUGGGCGCCCUCGGGCAGCCUGCUGGCCACCUGCAGCCGUGACAAGAGCGUCUGGGUCUGGGAAGUGGAUGAAGAGGAGGAGUAUGAGUGCGUCAGCGUCCUCAAUUCGCACACUCAGGACGUCAAACACGUGGUCUGGCACCCCAGCCAGGAGCUGUUGGCCUCGGCCAGCUACGACGACACGGUGAAGCUGUACCACGAGGAGGAGGACGACUGGGUGUGCUGCGCCACGUUGGAGGGCCACGAAUCCACCGUGUGGAGCGUGGCCUUCGAUGGCAGCGGCGAGCGCCUGGCGUCCUGCAGCGACGACAAGACGGUGCGCAUCUGGCAGUGCUACAAACCCGGCAACGAGGAAGGGGUGGCGUGCAGCGGCACCGACCCCACUUGGAAAUGCGUCUGCAACCUCUCAGGCUACCACAGCAGGACCAUCUAUGACGUGUCCUGGUGCCGCCUCACCGGAGCCUUGGCCACAGCCUGCGGUGACGACGCCAUCCGGGUCUUCGAGGAGAGCUCGUCCUCCUCCCCACAGCAGCAGCAGCCCACCUUCAGCCUCACAGCCCACGUGCCACGGGCGCACUCACAGGAUGUCAACUGCGUGGCCUGGAACCCAAAGGAGCCGGGGCUGGUCGCCUCCUGCAGCGACGACGGCGAGAUUGCCUUCUGGAAGUACCAGCAGCCUGAAGCGUGCUGAGGGUUUGGGGGCAUCGUGGUGGGGCUGUGCUGCUCCUAAAGCCCACUGCUGUUACAGAGAAGGGGGUGGGGGUGACCAACCUGUGUCCCACCUCCUUCUGCCCUUUGGACUCCGGCCUUCUUGCAGGUGAAUUUUGUCUGGCCUAAAAGCCACAGCUCCUCUGCCAGGAGCCGGGGGGCUUUGAGAGAGGGGGAAAGCUGCCUCUCUCUGCUGUGUGCUCAAUAAAUCCCUGCUGUCAGCCCAAA